AUGCAGCAAGAAGGAACAUUACAAGAACGGUUUAUUAAUGAAGCUGUUCCGAAUCAAUCUACCAGCUGUGAUGAAAACUAUGAAUCUCAAACCCUACUAGAACCUACAUUGGAAUCUGAAAUUUCAUUCGAGCGCGAAACCUCCUCAGAAUUCGAGAUCAUCUUGGAACCCGAAACCCUAUUGGAACCCGAAGCCCUACUGGAACCCGAAACCCCAAGUAACUCACUUUUUCAGUGUAACCAGGGUUAUGCCUCUCUUGAGGCCUUCAAAUAUGUCGCUGAUCAAUUCGCUGAAACAAGCAAGUUUAAAGUGAUUUUCUUAAAAGGCAACAAUUAUAAGGAUGGUUUGCGUUCUGCUCAAGUUUUUGCUUGCGAUCGCUAUGGCGUGUUCAAACCUAAACCUAAAGAUCCGAAUAAGAAAAAUAGAAAUAAGGAAUCAAAAAAGUGCAACUGCCCCUGGUCUGUUCGUCUUAAUUAUAAUAAGGACGACAACAAAUAUUAUAUAUCACAAGUAAAUCUACACCAUAAUCAUAAACUAAUUCCACUUCAACUCAUGCACAUUUUGCCUGCUAACCAUGAAAUAUCAGGCUUCAUUAAAGAAGAAAUUCUUACUACAAAAAAAGCAGGAAUUGCAAUACUGCAAAUCCAAUCCCUUCUUACAAUGAAAUACGAAACAGAUGUGUAUAAUCUGGUUGAUGCUGAUCACACAUUGCGUAAUGAAUUUCAAGCCCAUGAUUUUCUUCUCCUCCUCCAACAAAAACAUAAUAAUGACCCCGAAUUUUCUUACAAAUUUGAAUUGGAUAAAAAUGACCAGUUGAAACAUGUGAUCUGGGUGUAUGCUGCACAAAAACGACAAUAUAUGCAUUUUCAUGACAUGAUUGUGUACGAUAACACAUAUAAGAGCAAUUAUUUUUUGAUGCCUUUUGGGGUGUUUACAGGCAUCACCAAUAAUGGUCUCUCUUAUUGCGCUGCUGAUACGCUACUUCAUGAUGAAACUUCUUCGAGUUUUAAAUGGCUUUUCAAAGCUUUUAUUCAUAUAUUCGGCACCGCACCCAAUACUAUUCUCACUGAUAACGAUCUCAUGAUGGCCGAUGCUAUCCGUUCUGUCCUUACCAAUAAGUAUGAUACAAAACAUGGUCUUUGUAUCUGGCACAUGAAAUGUAUAAUAAAAAAUGAAAACUAUGCUGAGGCACAGUCGUACCUGGGAGUUCUUAGUCGGUGGCGUGAACGGUGGGCCUCGGCAUAUUUAAAAGAUUAUUUUUUUGCUGACAUGUCGUCAAAGCAGAAGGGUGAAUCAAUGAACAGUUUUUUAAAGGGCUUCGUAGAUUGUAAAACAAGGCUCACAGAAUUUUUAGCAGCCUUUAAGCAUGCACUUUACUUUCGUGAAGAGGCGGAACAUAUUUCUGCUUACAAAGAGCUUGUCUACCCCAUACCUUCAGAUUUUCCAAAUCCAAUUGAAAACCAGGCUGCUAGUUGUCUGAUGAGAUAUGCCUGGAAGAAAUUUGAGGCAGAAUGGAGUGAAAAAGAUGCAUAUGCAUGUGAGAAAAUAACCAAUGACAAUGGAAUGUGUUGUUUUAAGCUGUCACGUUAUGAAAGGCCUGACGUUAUACGUCGUGUCUACUAUGAUGGCAAGGUGCUUGCUUGUUGCUGCUGCAAUCUCGAAUUUGCUAGAAUAGUUUGUCGCCAUUCCCUUGCAGUUGCGGUUCGCCUGUCUCUCGCUCAACUCGAUCCUGUCCACUUUCCAAAACACUGGCAAAAGGACCUGCCCAAGUUGGAGCUUGCAAAAGACUAUGUCAAUUUUUAUAGCCAUACACAACCACAAGAUCCAGGAACUUUAGCAUCACAUGAAUCAUUUGGUGAAGGUGACUCUCGAAUCCGAUUUAUGCAUAUCCAUCGACUAUCAGGAGAAAUCGCAAACAAAAUUGCAACGAUCCCCAUAAAUGCAUUAUAUGAUGCUGACAAUGAUUUUGUUUCAACUCAUGAGAAUGCAUCGGCAUUCCCAGAACAUCCAAUAAUUAACAACCCUAUAAAAAGCAAGGCC